CAUGUGAUCAGUUGCUUAUUAUAUUAUCCUCUCUGUCUCUCUUAUCUCUCUUCCUUUGCCCCCAUUUCUCAUUUCACCUUUGCUUUUCUUAUCGUCAGAUCUACAGAUCAUUAUACUCUCUCUAUUUCUAGUUGACCCUUCGCUGGAAGAGCUUUUCAGUGGCCUUUUUCUCUCACAGGAGGGAAGGCCAUGUGAGUUGUUGCAAGCCGACAGGUAUAGACAUCAUUUUGUUUGGUUUUCAUUGAGGUUAGUAGUUUGGUUAGUUGCUGCCAGAUGGGUAAAUGCCAGGGUUGCGGAAAACUAGGAAGAAUGGUGAGUGACGGGCCUAUGAGUGCUUACCAAUCUUCUCUUCUUCAGUCUCCUGUUGUUUCUGUCUGGGACUGUAUUGUUCGUAAAAUGAGGUAUUCCUUUAGACCUGAGUUUGUGUAGGUGUACUUCUCGUAAACGCUUUAGAUUGGAUAGCAUUUAGUCUUUUGCAAUAGUAUUAAAUACAGGGCACAAAGGAAAGGAAAAUAAAUUAGUCACAGAGAGUAUGAAUACUUCUUUAGAGAUAUCUUAACAAAGGGGAAGUCAGAUUUGCUUAAGUGUUAUUGUUUGAGAAUCAGUUGGCAAAAUGGACUGUGCUAAAGUUGCAUCUGCAGUUAGAAAAGACAAGAAGAAGCAAGUUAAGGAUGAGUUGGAUCGAAUUAAACAGGCUGAGAAAAAGAAGAGGCGCUUAGAGAAAGCCUUGGCUACUUCGGCUGCCAUCCGUUCUGAACUGGAAAAGAAGAAACAGAAGAAGAAAGAAGAACAGCAAAGGCUUGAUGAAGAGGGUGCUGCGAUUGCUGAGGCAGUUGCUCUUCAGGUCCUUGUGGACGAAGACUCUGAUGAUUCAUGUAAGCUUAUCUUGAAGAAGGACGAAGGAUGGAAUGCAUGGGAUCUUUGUAGCAAUUUUGACUUGUACAUUGGGGGACAACGACCCAUACUCCCUCACCAAGACUUCUCGACAUAUUCACCUGAAGGAAUAGACUGGGAUUCUGGGGCAAGCGGGUAUGCAUGCAUGUCGAAUGAGUGGGGAAAUUCUGACUGGAUGAUCUCAUCUGAACCUUGUGUAAGGGAUAUUCAGUAUCACUAUUUUGAUGAGGGAAAUUGGGAGGUUGCAAGAAUUUCUCCUGAUCUACUUGCAGCACAGGCUGUCUCAUCUCUUCAGAUCGCUGAAGACGCUCCAGUGGACUCGUAUAUCUUCAAUCAGGUGUUGAGGGAGUGAAUUAUUUGGAAGUCUUAAAUCUGUAAUCCAGUGAAUUAUUUGUUGUUGUUGUUGUUAAGUCUGUAAUCCAGUUGGUGGUGCCAAACUACUAUUUUUUUCUUAAUGGGUUUGAAUAAUCUCAUGUAUAUAUUUGAAGUUGAACUCAUCCGUUUGCAAUAUGUACGCUCUUUGUUGUUGCUUGUGUUUUAAAAUUUA